AUGCUGAUUCAAUUUAGUGCACCUACCGAUACUUAUGGUCAGAAUUUCGGUAAACCCACUUCCUUACAUUUUAAUCCUUAUGACGAUAACGGCGGUACUGCCCUAGCAUUAUCAGGUGAAGAUUAUGCUAUUAUAGCCAGUGAUACUCGUCAAAGUUCUGUAUUAGCAAUGUGUGGAUUUAGCGCUGAUGCUAGUGCAUUGACUAAAAGAAUAACUCAAAGAAUGGAGUGGUAUAAACAUGCCCAUGAAAAAGAAAUGUCAACUGAAGCUCUUUCUCAGUUACUUUCAAUUACUUUGUAUUCUAAGCGCUUCUUCCCAUAUUAUACUCAUUGUCUGUUAGGUGGACUUGAUGAAAAUGGAUCUUUUCAUGCGGAACCAUGUUGUGCGGUUGGAUCCGGAAGUCCUCUUAUGCAAUCAUUCUUAGACAAUCAAAACAAGCAACCAAUUCCAUUGGAAAAAGCGAUCAACAUUGUAAAAGAUUCUUUUACUGGAGUCGCGGAAAGAGAUAUUUAUACUGGUGACGGAGAAAGAAAGAAGAUGAAGAAAUUGGAUAUUUGA